CCUUGACGCACGCCCGUACGGUGUGCCCCAGCUUUCCAACCGUUCUCUACCUUUCCCCACCAUGAACGCUAGAAAGCCGUACGCUGGUAAGUCUCGCAAGCUCAUCAUUGCGAUCGAUGUCGGCACGACUUUCAGCGGCGUCUCAUACAGUAUCCUCGAUCCUGGACAGGUACCCCAAGUAUGCGGGGUCAAUCGGUUUCCCGCUCAAGAGCACGCUGGCGGAGACUCUAAGAUUCCCUCGGUGCUGCUGUACGACAAGCAGGGCAAAGUUCGCGCAGCUGGCGCCGAGACUCUGCAGGAGGACAUAAUGGAGAUGGCUUUCGAAGAGGGGUGGUACAAGUCCGAGUGGUUCAAGCUGCACCUUCGGCCUCGCGGAUCCGACCCCGAUCCCGCGCUAGCGACGCUGCCCCCUCUGCCCCCCAACAAGUCCGUCGUCGACGUCUUCGCCGACUUCUUGUCUUAUCUCUUCGACUGUGCGCGCACGUACAUCAAGGAGACUCACCCAACCGGUGCGAAGUUCUGGGUCACGAUCGCGAACAACAUCGACUUCGUUCUGACGCAUCCGAAUGGCUGGGAGGGGCAGCAGCAGUCGCUCAUGCGUCAAGCCGCCGUGCAAGGAGGCCUCGUGGCAGACAGCGACGAGGGGAAGGGCCGCGUUAGCUUCGUGACCGAGGGCGAGGCCAGCCUCCACUUCUGCCUGAGCAAAGGGCUCGUCGUGGAUGGUAUGACAUCAGGAAAAAACUCAGUAUCUAUGUCCGUCUACAGGUGCUAUGUAGCGGGCCUAGACGGAUAGACAGAUACCCCUUUAGAUAGCCUACUUAGCAGUGGCGACGUCUCCUGUAGCGCUACAUAGCACCUCAUAACAUCUCAUAUCCUUGCGCGUAACUCCCGUAUCUCGCUCAUAGCAGCUAUAGCCACCCCUUGUACUACAUAGCUACGCACAAAACUACAGGCUGCUUCGGCUUUCGUCUGUUUCACUGCUUUCGGGCACAUUGAAUAGUAUAAAUAUUCAUUGCAGCAAGUACUACUGGGAAUACUGACAGCAAAUCUCUACUAGGUAUACAGAUAGCGUGUUAUGGAGCGGC